CCUAUACACACACACCUCGACGAGUGUGACACACACAUGGUGUGUUGGGUGUGGCGGUAAAUAAUAGACGACGACAAAAGCUGCAAAGCCAAUAUAGUGUAAGGGUGUGUAUUGUUAUCUUCUUCGCUUAAUCAAUCGCAUGAAGAAUACAUCAUCAAAGACAGUCUUCCUAAAGUGGUACAUGUAUUUACAAGAGAACGUCUGUUGUAGAUGAAAACACUUGGCAAGAUACUACCACACACAACUGACAACUGUUGCGUGCCACCAACUGUUGAUGUAGGUAUUAAAUGGGUGAAUACUAAACGGUGAAAGGACUUUAAUUCCCAACGGCAGUGAUCGAUUUGGAUUCAACACACAACACUACUCCUCGCCUGUUUUGCAUGCACUACAACGUGUGAUCUCUCACCAAUCGUUACCUAGCAACGGAACGCUCCCAUCAUCCAUAGACACGAUGAGGGGUCGUCAUAGCAACCAGACUACGAAUAACUGGCUUAUUCCCUGUUUCUUUCUAUUCGAUUGUAUUCUACUGGCAGCAAUAGUUGUAUUAUGGUAUUUCAUGCAAUGGCAGACGGCGACAUUCACAUUACACGAUGCCACGAUACCGUGUGCCGAUAUCGCCUACUACAGCUAUCCUGAGAGGGUCGAUAUCAUACCCGAAACUAUCGUUUUUGUCCUCACGUUCGUCCUCCCGCCAAUUGUGGUGUUAUUUGGUGAGGCAGCGGUGGGUUUAUACAACCUUCAAGGCGGCAAAAAGCAACUCUUCAUGGAAAAAUCGGUCUCGACUUUUGGCAUGAAGCUCCACGCUCUCCUCAGGAGAACUGUCCGAUUUACAGGUAUCUUCUUGCUUGGUGCUUUUAUCACCUGGAUUCUUACUCGUGCGGGCCAGCUCAUCCUGAGCCACCCUGCUCCGGAUUUCUUCACCCGAUCAAGCUGCACACCGUGUUCGGACCCCACUGCUCUGACGUUCACACUCAGUGAUUGCCCCGCACCAGAGGAUGCCUUCAGGCAAUCUUUCCCGUCACUUUAUGCUUCACUCAGCACGUAUGCCUCAAUCUAUGUUGCUGUCUACGUCACAAAUUUGAUGAAGCUGAACUCGGCCCACACCCUUCGUCCUUUCGCUGGUCUCUGUUUCAUCGCCGUACCGUACUUACUGGGAAUGCAGCAGAUCGCAGCUCACAGAGCACAUUGGAGUGACGUCAUUGGAGGAUGGAUCCUAGGGGCUGUAGUGGCUUUUUAUCUGAUCUAUGGAGUCCUCGAUGCCUUCCUCGGCCCUCUCAUGUCCGCCACGAGCCCGGGGAUGGACAGUGACGUCGACGCUAACGAGGAUUACGUCAUCGAACACGACCACGCCCUUCGAAACGGCACCACCCUCGACAAGCCUAUGCAGAUGAACGGCCUGCGACACAGCCAGCGGGAACGUGACGGGUACAUGGACCGCGGAAUGGAGGUAAAUGGAAGCUUGUAUGGCCCUAGGGAUGCUAACGCUAUCAGUGGCAAGCGGGUUCCUGACGGGAAAAGCAGGGGUGUAGACCAUUACGUUUACUAACAAAAAACAUACCGCAUAAAACCAUCUUGCUUAACUGUCCUAAUUCUGGCAUGGAGGGUGCCGAGUUUCACUCGCUUCGGACAAGCAUUCAGAUAUUGAAACUUGAUACUCCCCUUUUUCUGCUUAUUUAAAAAAAAGAUUUAGCACAUUGGAAUAUUUAAAGUAAGAAAAUUCCUCUUUGCUUCAAUAAAUGAUUUCCACACCUGAACGCUCAAAGUGGAAUAUAAUUUUAAAGUAACAAUGUUUCUUUUUAUACACAAAAUGCCCGAAUCUGAAAAAUUCUCGAUUCUCACUUUACAUACAAAGUAAAAACGCUGUUUAAAAUUUUUAUACAACGCUGUUUACUACAUGAACCUUACAGUAAUUGUUUAAACAUUUUAAACAAGUGUUUAAAUCUUCAACAAAAAAGUUUAAUCUUCAAUAUCUAAUCUUCAAAAAAUUAAAUAUGAUUGUUUGAACUGUUAAACUACUACUGUAAGGUUCAUAUAGUAAACAGCGUUGUAUAAAAUCUUAAACAACGUUUUUACUGUGAUAAAUCAUUCUAUUUUGUCCGCAGUUGAAUGUUGUCGAGUUCGUAAUUUUAGUGUAUUAAAACAAGGAAUGGUCCACUGUUUGUUUUUCUUCAGUAUUUCUUAUUCAAGAAAUUGAAUCUGUCCGAUGUGUAUUAGAAACUGGUCGCAAUAAUAUUGUUUUUAGGGAAUACUUUUCAUGCAAUGGAAAAUGUUUAUAAUCUCUUCGUAACACAAAUAUAAAUAUUUUUUAUUAUUAUAUAUCAUCAUGUUUUUGAAAAUAUAACUACAUAUCAUCAUCGGAAAAAUGGUGUAUAUACUACUAAAUGAAUGCUAUAUAAUUCUCAUAUCAAAUUAUUUAUUAAUUUAUUUUUCAAUCAUAUUGUGCAAUUUCUGAUUCUUUAAAACGAAAUGACAAAAGUUCGCUUUAUCAACAGGAAAACCAAAAUUUGUCAUAAGAGCUUCCAAAUCGGUUUAUUCACAUUAUUUGAUUCAUAUCCAAAAGGGGAAAUGAGUAAUUAAUGAAAACAGUUUAUUUUGCAAGAGAAUUACAAUAAAUAUAUAUUCAUUGAUUGAAUAAUUCCAAAUAUUCUUUCUUUAUUGCUAACUGCAAAUUCUUGUAGAUGCUUUUUACAGAGUUUAAAAUGACAUAUAUUUUGUUUCUUGUUUUUAUUAGAAUGAAUCAUAAACAAAAUGUUAUGAAGAAAGCUAUGAUCCCGUCUACGUGUAUUUGUUAUAUUAUUGGGGGAAGGACUUGUUUGUUUGUUUUAAUUUCUAUAUAAAAAGCAUUAAAAGAAUAAGAAAGUAUUUACGGUGGAGGAUAGCCCAUUUUCAGGGAUAUUUACUGUCACUGUUCUUCCAAGGGGUCCUAAUUAAAGAAAAGCUGAUUUCGUUAAUUCAGUAACUAAACAUGUAUCCGACCAAAAUACCUUCUUAAAUGAAUAAAUUACUGUUAACCCUUUAUUUUUUGUGAUAAACUAUUAAAAAUUGGUGUCUUCCGAAAUGUUCCAUUAAUGUUUUUAUAUUAUAUGCUAUGGGUUGUUUGGAAAUAUUAACUGCGGUCGACAUGGUCGAUCUUAUGUCCUCUGUGUUAUUGUCUUUUAAUAUCUUUGCUGCAUGCUUAAUUGCUUUUGUUUGAUCAUUUCUGCCUGUAAAAUGCUUCGAUUGUGAAUGGUGACUUAAAGAUGUUCGUAAAGUAACUCAAAACAUUGGUAUGAAUAGCAAGCUUGUCGUGAUGUGUCUACGGCAUCACUUUAAAUCACAUCAUGUAAAAGUUGACUAGUGUUUCGUUCAAGAAAUUGAUUUUUGUUCAAUUGGUACUUGACUUUCUUGAACACCUCAUACGCUUUAAUUUGGGAUUUACGCUUAAUGCAGAAAAUAUGCCCCAGAACAUUGGUGGCGGAAGUAAAAAAAAAAUAAGGGGGGGGGGUCCACCUGAAAUUUUGGGAUGGACACAGGUAAAAAAAAUUGACAAGCAAAAAAAAGGUUAUCUCCCUUUAUUUUAGGGGAGGGGAGGAUCACCAAAAUAUUUUGACAAGCAAAAAAAAAGGUUAUCAACUAAAAAUUUCGCCGCCUAUGCCGCAGAACAUUUUUCAUACUUUAUACUAAAUAAAAAAUCCCGAGGUCGUUAAUAUUGUGGUACUUCAUAUUCCAGUCGUCCGUUAAUUUAUUCAUAAAUUUGUGUACAGCUUAAAUGAAACCAUCCCAUGAUUAGGUAAUGCACUUUUUAAUAUAUUUUCUAUAUGAUUUUUUUUCUUCAUAUAAUUAUCUUUGUUGCAUGACUGUAAAUUUUCUUUUGUAAAACACCCUUUACUUUACCAUUCCCUUGCUAAAUAAAUACACGCUUAAAAAUGAUUGGCCAAAAUAACCAAUGUGUUGCUGAAUGGUAUCCGUCUCC